GUUUUGUUCUCUUUUUGUGCUUCCUGUUUCAAUGUCAAUCAGUUUUGCGGCAAAACACGGACAUAGUUUGUGAUCAAGGAUGAACUGGUCAGGACUGGAGGACCUUCUUAGCGGGGUCAAUAAAUAUUCUACAGUGUUUGGUCGAGUUUGGCUGUCUGUGGUGUUUGUGUUUCGUGUUCUGGUGUUUGUGGUGGCAGCUCAACGCGUUUGGGGCGACGAGAGCAAAGACUUCAUUUGCAACACCAGGCAGCCCGGCUGCACCAACGUCUGCUACGACAGCACGUUCCCCAUCUCUCACAUCCGUCUGUGGGCCUUACAGCUCAUCUUUGUCACAUGUCCGUCGCUGUUGGUCGUAGCCCACGUCAAAUACAGAGAGGAAAAAGACAAGAAGUACACGGCCGUCCACGAGGGCACCCAUUUAUACGCCAACCCUGGGAAAAAGCGUGGGGGUCUUUGGUGGACCUACCUGUUAAGCUUGAUCUUUAAAGCCACAGCUGAUGCGGCCUUUCUCUAUAUUCUUCAUCACGUGUAUAAAGGAUAUGACCUCCCUCGCCUCACAAAGUGUUCGCUGGAUCCUUGUCCGAAUACAGUGGAUUGUUUCAUCUCCCGUCCCACAGAGAAGAAAAUCUUCACUCUCUUCAUGGUGACCUCCUCUGCUCUCUGCAUCUUCAUGUGUAUCUGCGAAAUGGUUUAUCUCAUUGGAAAGCGUAUAUUAAAAUACUUCAUGAUGCAACAAGCAGCACCGCAACCAUCUAAAAGACCAGACCCGACUCUUUCCAGCAGCCAAAACUUGAGUUCACAAAAAUUAAAAGACACCUCAAUGGACAAAACGGCUCUUUAAUGACAGCAGUGUGUCGCCAGACCUUUAUAACCUCAGUGAGUUCGGGAUAUGGGAUAAAAAGCUCUCUUUCUGCAUCAUCCAAAAUAGCAAAUACAAAAAAGCAAACAAAUGCAAAUAAAUAAAUAAAAAUAAAUUAGUUACCUAAACAUGAUGCUU